GGUAGGGGAUUCGAUAAACAACGUUCUUUUACGAAAGGAACAAAGACACACGCGGUCGGCGGAGAAAUACAGUUCUCUACGAAUAUUCGACACGCGAGUUACCGACUCACUAAAAGAUUAAAAAAAAAAGGUGCAGCAUGUACGCGCUGCCAUUGCUCUCGUUGUUGUUCCAAGUCUGUUGCGGAUUCACCGGACGUGGACUCUUUUAUCCUGGUAGAACGGAUCUCUUCGAGCUAUCAAUAAUUCAUUUGAAUGAUUUUCACGCCAGAUUCGAACAAACGGGCCCGACUUCUGGGACUUGCCGCGAAGGCCACGAGCAAGACUGCGUGGGAGGUAUUGCCAGAGUUUACACGGCAGUUGAUCAACUCCUUAAGGAACGGCCAAAUGCAAUUUUUCUGAAUGCCGGCGAUCAUUUUCAGGGGACUCUUUGGUACAACAUUCAUCGCUGGAAUGUCACCGCCUUGUUCAUGAACAUGUUGCCUCAUGACGUCAUGACGAUUGGCAACCAUGAAUUCGAUAAUAAGAUCGAAGGCCUUGUUCCCUUUCUUAAAAAUGUCAAGGCGCCGGUUGUGGUAACGAAUAUCGAUGAUACCAAGGAGCCAACUAUACAGAAUUUGUACAGAAACAGCACGAUCAUUGAUAGAAAUGGUACCAAAAUCGGCGUUAUUGGCGUCAUCCUAUCAACUACGAAUCUACUCGCGGAUACGGGGAAAUUAAAGUUCUUGGAUGAAGUAGAAACGGUCAACGAGGAAGCCCAGCGAUUGAAAGAAAAGGGAGUGGACAUUAUUAUAGUAUUAAGCCACUGUGGAUUAGAUGUAGAUAGAAUCAUGGCUGCGAGAUGUCCCUUGAUCGAUGUGAUCGUCGGUGGCCACUCGCAUACGUUCCUUUAUACAGGACCUCCGCCUUUCAUUGAUACACCGGUGGACGAAUAUCCUGUAGUCGUGACGCAAAAUGAGACAAACAGAACGGUUCUCAUCGUACAAGCAGCUGCUUUUACAAAAUACUUGGGUAAUUUAACAGUAUGGUUCGAUGACCAAGGCGAGGUCGUUGACUGGGAUGGAAAUCCCCUCCUUUUGGAUCAGUCUAUCGAAGAAAAUUCGGAAAUCCUGGAAGCUCUAAAGCCAUGGAAGAAGGAAGUAGACGCAGAAGCGUCGAGAAAGAUUGGCAGCACGAAAGUCUUACUGAGUCACAGCUGUUAUACUAAAGAAUGCAACAUGGGAAAUCUUAUAACCGACGCCAUGGUAGACGCGUUUGUCGAUAAGGCCGAAUAUAAGACUCAUUGGACGUAUGCGGCGGUGGCCUGCAUGAAUCCAGGAGGAAUUCGCACUUCCAUAGAGGAAUCUGUGAUUACCUACGGUGAUUUGAUGAUGGUCCAGCCUUUCGAAAACAAUUGGGACACCCUCGAACUGACUGGAGAAUCCAUUAAAAAAAUUUUGGAAAUGGAAGGAAUCUUAGCUUGGUCCGGGUUAAAAAUUACUUACAAAGAGGCCAAUAAAAAGCGAACUGUGAUCGACGUUAAAAUCAGGUGCCAAGCUUGUGAAUAUCCAGUAUUCGAGGAUUUGGUACACGAUCAAUGGUACAGAGUAGUUGUGCCAAGUUUCAUGAUCUCCGGCGGAGACGGCUAUUACAUUUUCAAGAAUAAUAGUCGUAAUCACGAAAUCGGCGGGCGCGAUAUGGAUUACUUUAUAUCCUAUGUGGAGAAAAUGAGCCCAAUAUUGACGGGAAUCGAGAGACGAAUAACUUUUGUAGAGACUUAAAAAUCGUCUUUAGAUUAUAUUUCGCGAUAGUAAAAUUGCGUUUGAAAAUAUUGCAUUUAAUAACAAAGUAUUCCGUUCAGAGAAGAUAUUUAUUUUUGAUAGUUGAUUAGAGAAAUGGAAUCUUACGAAGUAUAAAAUUAUUAUUUUAUGUUAAUAAUAAAUUAAAAUAUUUAUUAUUUUUGGAAGAAUUAAAAACACACCCUCGUAUACAAAUUAUUUUUAUAUAUUUUAAAAUAAAAUAUAAUAAGAGCAUGUGAGUGAACUAUUAUAUAUCUUUUUUCGAAGUCUAUCUUAAUAUUCUUUCUUCUCGAACAAUUUUUAAAAAGUUUAACAAAUAAAUACUCCGUAUACAUAAUAAAGCUUGAUGUAGUUCGCGUGAUAGUUGUAAGAAAGCAGGAAACAUCGGUCGCUUAUCUUGCGGUAUCUCGGGAGAUCGGGGCAGAUGAAGCAUUUAAAUAAUGUAUCGAACAGGUGAAAUAGCAGCUGUUCGUUCGUGUUCCUGCCCUCGACCAGAACGCGCGAAUCGCUUUGUAGUACCGGCAAGGAACGCUGGUUUUUAGCGGCGAAAGAAAGAAAAAAAGAGAUGUUCUGCAACAGUCCGAUUAAAAUAAACUCGAGCAUAUGCGUCUUCGUUA